CUUCUGCAUCAAGCGUUUUCGUUGAAGUGAAUAGCAAUCAAAUUACCAGUACUAAACUUAGCAUCCCCACCUCACAACACAUGGCCGACUCAUCGGAGGGACACAUGGAGGGCGUCUCCUCCAGCUCAAUGAUGGCCUCGCCGGUGGCCAGCCGUUCCAACUCCUUCAUGACGCCCUCGCCGCCGCCGCCCACCAGUUCACCGCAGCUCAAUCCGCCCGGAGGUGGAGGAGGAAUGGGAGGAGGAAGUGGGAAUCCCUCUCUGGAGCGCCUGGAGCAGGAGAACCGCGUGCUGAAGAUCGAGGUGGAGACGCUGAAGCUGCGCAUCAAGGCGCUGACGGAGGAGAACAAGUCGCUGCGCCGGGCCUCGGUGUCGAUUCAGGCGAAGGCCGAACAGGAGGAGGAGUUCAUCUCCAAUACGCUGCUGAAGCGCAUUCAGGUGCUGAAGAAGGAGAAGGAGACGCUGGCGCUCAACUACGAACACGAGGAGGAGUGCCUCACCAAUGACCUAAGUCGAAAGUUGAUUCAGCUGCGCGCUGAGAAGGUUCACCUGGAGCACACGCUGGAGCAGGAGCAGGAGGCGCNCAGUCGAAAGUUGAUUCAGCUGCGCGCGGAGAAGGUUCACCUAGAGCACACGCUGGAGCAGGAGCAGGAGGCGCUGGUGAAUAAGCUGAUGCGGAAGAUUGAGAAGCUGGAGAAUGAGACGGUGCGCAAGCAGACCAACCUGGAGCAGCUGCGUCGGGAGAAGAUCGAGCUGGAGAACACCCUGGAGCAGGAGCAGGAGGCGCUGGUGAACAAGCUGUGGAAGCGCAUGGACAAGCUGGAGAAUGAGAAGCGCGACCUGCACGACAAGCUGGAGACGCUCAGCGCCGCCAGCAACUGCUCAUUCUCGGAAACCUCGAAUCAGUCCUCUUCCGUGCAGAUGACGCCCGCCCAGUCGCCCGGGCCGCAGCCGAUGAGUCCGGCGACGCCGAACAACAGCGCUGCCGGCGGUGUGGUUCCUGGAACAUCCUCCUCCUCCUCCUCCACUGCCGCCAGCUGCAGCAACCCCCACGCGACGACCACCUCGGCGACGGGGGCGCUGCGCACCGGCGGCGCCCCCUCCCUGGCCGCCUCGAUGUGCGACCCGGCGCAGCUGUCGGUGCACGUGAAGGAGCUCCGGUCGGAGGUGGUGAAGCUGCGCAACCGCCUGCAGAUUGCCGAGCGCGAGCACACCGAGAAGGUGUCGCACAUUGAGAAGGAGGAGCGGGAGCAGCGCGAGCAGAACAUUCGCCUGCGCAAGAAGCUGCAGAUGGAGAUUGAGAGGCGGGAGCGGCUGUGCCGUCACCUCAG